AUGCAAAUAAUCACUGAUAGGAACAAGAUGAGCAUAGAAAAACCCAUUGGAGAUGGAGCGAAAAAUGCGGAAUACAUUUCAUGUUCUAAUCAUAGAUUUUUAGAGCCUGAGAAGGCAGUUAAAACAAUCACUGAUAUGGCUAUAUGGGAAAAGUCUGAAGCAUAUAUGGAAUACACAGGUUUUAUAGCCACACUCAAUGAAGCAAUCAAAGGGAAACCACUUUCGGUUGAUUGUAAGACAAAUUUCCACCUGUUGAACAACCGCAAAGAUUUGGAAAUUCUGCAUUUAAGGAUUGGCUUCAACAGAAAACUGCAAAAGACGUACAGAAUGGAGCCAGCAGGAAGUCAUGGUGUAUGGAGCCUGGAUGAUUAUCAAUUUGUGCCAUUUAUCUGGGGCAGUUCACAACUCAUUGAUCAACCCAAAAUAUAUCCACCCACAAAGUUCUUAGAUGAUGAAGUAGUGGAUAAAUUUGCUGAUGACUACAUGUUCCUGUCUUGUAUUAAAUACAUAAAGGAGGUACAACUGAAGAAGACAAUCAGUAAU